AGAGCUUCUCAGAAGCCUGUCUUUGGCCUUUGGAGGCGGCUGUGGUCACUCAGCCUCUCCUGCCGAACAGCCCCCAACCCAAACCGCCUCUUUGUACUAUAUCCUGUAUUCUCCCCAACUCCUGAGCACCUUCUCAGCCAGCCCAGACAAUGCCUCCCAACCUCAGUGGCUACUACCGCUUCAUCUCACAGAAGAACCUGGAAGACUACCUGCAAGCCCUAAACAUCCAUGUGGUGCUGCAGAAGAUCGCGCUCCUACUCAAGCCAGACAAGGAGAUUGAGCACCUGGGGGACCACUUGACCGUGAGGACCCUCAGCACCUUCCGCAACUAUGUCCUGGAAUUCCAGGUGGGCACUGAGUUCGAGGAGGACCUAAGGAUCGUGGACGGAAGAAAAUGCAAGACUAUAGUGACCUGGGAGGAGGAGCAGCUGGUGUGUGUGCAGAAAGGAGAGGUCCCCAACCGGGGCUGGAGACACUGGCUGGAGGGCGAGAACCUGUAUUUGGAGCUGACAGCACGGGAUGCUGUGUGUGAGCAGGUCUUCAGGAAGGUCAAGUAACUGGAAAGGAGGAGCACAGGACACCCUUGGGAGCCCACACUGUCCCUUUCCCAGGCACUGAGCUCCUCACGGCCAUGCCCCCACCUCCACCCCACACACACAUACAUUGAUCUACAGCUCACAGCCUGUAGGCCAAAGUCCUCUCUCUCCCACAUUCCACUGACCGUUAUCUUGCCCACAUGUUCAUGUCCAAUUCAAGGUCUGGCUUCCAGGAUGAGAGACAGGUGGGGGCAGACCAAAGGGUCUGUGAAAAAUGACCCAUCUUAACCCUUUUUAAUUCACUUGGACUCUUGUUUUUCCACUGAAGAAGGAGCUAGCUAAGCCCUAAAGCUCUGGAGAUGAGUAAAGACCUCUGGGGAAACUGGGUGGGGCUUAAGACAGUAAACAGGAGUUCCCAGCUGUCUUUCUGUCCUUAUUCCUGUGUGCCCAGCAGAGCCAGGCUCAAGGCCCAGUCCCAGCACAGAGUGAAGAGGCCACAUGUCUGGAGAGGGGGUAGGACAGGGGUGAGAUGGCGGUGGGGGACUUUUGUUCAAUGCUGGGGGGUGGAUGCUGGGAAACUUCUGACUAGUGACCUGGCCUUCACAUCUGCUUUGAGAAGGCCAGAAGAGGCCCAAAAAAGACAUGAAGUAAAGUUUCCAGGGCUGAGGCACAGGAAAAUGAGGCAUGUGGGAUGUUUGAGCAGCAGGGGUGAGAAGACCACCAGGCCUGGUUGUGGGAAAAUUCUGCUUCCUAAAGGCCAGAAAGGGUGGGAGACAUAGCAUGGUGGGUAUGUAAACAGACUCUCAAGCCUCAGACUCUGAGGUCCAAGGUUCAGUCCCCAGCACCACCCUAAGCCAGAGCUAAACAGUGCUCUGGUGAAAAUAAAUAAACAAACAAAUAAAUAAAUAAAUGCCAGCAAACUGGAGGCAGAGAACAAGAGGGAGAACUGAGGAGACCUCUCUCGUAGGGUGCCCAAAUCCCUGUCAUGGACAACUGCCCAGAAGGGUGGAGCCUGUCUAGGGUUAUGGUCAGCCCCAGCCUCUGGCCACCUCCCCAGCUCAAAGUCUUGGUUCUUUCAGAGUAAGAGUCCUGUGGGGCAAGAGACAGAGCAAAAGGACUCUCUGUAGAGGUAGGGGACAAAGAGCUGAGCUCUGGAGGGAGGGAAGGGGUUAGUUGGAAAGUCACUGGCCUGUGUUCAGGAGACAAACACUUCUCCCCCACCCCCACCUCAGACUUUGCUUCCUGCAAGGACUUGACCCCAUUAUAUCUACAGGAAUGUCCCUGGGGCUCUUGCCAAGAAGAACUAGCUUGCAAGGCUGACCCCAGCAUACUCCCUGGAAUGAGCUGACAGCAAAAGGAAGAGCCCAACCUCUGCAGGUGCUCCCACUGAGUGCAGGGGCUACUGGCUCCUCCCCUGUCCCUUUCCAAGUAACAACAAAGCAGAAGCAAGAAGUCUCUGUGUUUUCACCCACUGCCCAGGUCACCCAGCCAAUGCAAUAUCCCGGUCACUCUGAGCUCACAGUCCCAUCACAGCCUCCCCACCCCCCAGCCCCCACUCCACUAUCCUCCAAGCUCUACAUGUCUUUCCAACACAUCUUGAGGGAUUCCUACCAGAAGGUCUGGCCCAGGAGCUUAUAGGCCUACACGUCAACUGCCAUGUCCAAGUGUGAGCGCCAGCCCCCCCAAACUCCUGGGAUGUGAGUAUGAGCAUCAUCUUACUCAGAACUCCACACCCCACCCCAGCCAGACAGUGUUAUCUCUCCUGGGUAACCUUGAAGAAGUCUUUUCAGGUCCCCCACAGCCCAACCUUGAUGUUCUGUGAAUGAACUACUAUCUAGCCUUCCCUCCACCCACCCACUCCCACCUUGUCUCUUUUUCCUGGUGGUUUCCAGAGAAGCCUUGUUCUUGGCUACAAGGACAUUGUUGCCCUUAAUGUAGUGACAGCCUGCAAGGUCCCCAGUGGAGAGAGAACCCCAACAUGGGAAGGGACAGCCAUGUUGCAAAGCAUUUCUUCCUAGAGCCCCCACCCCAGCCACCCCCAUUCUGAGUGCUCUCUGUUCCUUCUUUUCUAAGUGGUGAGGAAGGAGAAGUGUGCACCAUUUGAAUCUGAGGUUAUUAAAAUCCUGCAGGAAAAACAAGGGAAACACAACACAGAACAAACUGCAAGUCAGUGAAUACGCUGCAGCCUCACCUGGAAACUUCUGGCAGUUGCAGGAAGGGACCUGCGUGUUGUAGUAGCGCUGCCUUGUUUUUUAGCAAGCAAAGCACAUACACAACUGGUUUAAAGAGGCCUUCACUAAAGGACCUGACUCCAGGCUUCAGAGUCCACACAGAGUCCCUGGGAUUAGAAGACUCAGAACCGGAAUCUCCAGCAUCUGAACUCCUCCCUUUAGAUAAUCUGAUGACAUGAGAUCUGUGCCCAGAGAAUCUCACUCUCAUACUGAUUAGACUCCCAAGGCUGCAAAAGGCAUUCUGUCUGGCCUUCUCCUUCCUGCCCCUUCUCUCCCCUUUCCAGUAGUUCUUCCUUUUUGCCCCCUCUGCCCCACCUCCUCUGUCCCAUCUCCAGUUCCAGCAGGUAGUAAGUACUGUGACCUGUGCAGUCUCUCCACAUGAUGAGGUGGUGGCAAGGUGUUUUUUUCUGAUCUUAGAUGAAAGAGGAGAGAGUCAGAACUCCACAAGCAAUCUGGCUUCAGGUCAAUGCAUCUAAAAUACCUAGCAAAGGUCACAUCCUGCUCACUGUGCUAAAGUAACAUGUCUGCUUCUGUGAUACCAGUCUCCAGGCUGGCUCCCAGUGAGCCUGGUAUCCCAGCCUCCCAUCCCCAUGUGUACACACACACACACACACACACACACACACACACACACACACAUUGUCAGUGUUGGUCUGUAUCACUGACAGCAGCAGACAGAAAUGAUGUCAUGUCCCUUCCAAAAGUAUCAAUAAAAGACAUCCUGAAAACUGGUGAAGUAGCUCACUUGGAUAGUGUGCUGCCUUUCCAUGUGCACAGGUUUGAGCCCAGCACCCACUACAUUGAAGGGAGCUUCAGUGCUGGGGUCUCUUACACACAUAAGCACACUCUGGCUCUUUGCCUCUGUCCAGAAAUAGUAAUAAUAAUACUAACAAAUGAAAUGACUGAAAUAAAGCAAAAAAAAAAAAAAAAGAAAUAAAAGACACCUUGGAUUUUCUGUACAAUAUUAGAAAUAUUGAUUAUACACUUAAAAACUUGUGAAAAGCUGAUGAGAUAGUGGUAGAGCACAGGCCUUGCAUGUACAAGGUCCCAGUUUCAACCCCCAGCACCACAUAUGCCAGGUCUUAGCAUUUGCUCUCUUCUUUGUCUUUCUCAUAAAAUGAUCUAUUUUUUAAACAUGUGAUUUAAUCAUGGUUUACAAGAUUACGAGGACAUGCUCUCCUCACCCCUAACCAACUAUAACCACCAUAGUUGUUGUUGCUGUUGUUGUUUUGUUUUUACCGGAUCACUACUACUCAGCUCCGGCUUAUAAUAGUACAGGGGUAUUGUACCUGGGAUUUUGGGACCUCCCCAAUGAGAGCCUUUGCAUAAACCACUAUGCUAACCUCCCCUCCAUGGUUACUUCUUUUUAUAUAUAUUUUAUUUAUUUUUAUUGUUGUUGUUAUUGAUGCCUUUGUUGUUGGAUAGGACAGAGAGAAAUGGAGAGAGGAGGGGAAGGGAAGACAGAGAGGGGGAGAGAAAGAUAGACACCUGCAGACCUGCUUCACUGCUUGUGAAGCUACUCUCCUACAGGUGGGGAGCCAGGGGCUCGAACCAGGAUCCUCAUGCCAGUCCUUACACUUUGUGGCAUGUGCGCUUAACCCGCUGCACUAUCACCCCACUCCCCCCCCUUUUUUUUUUUGCGAGUUCAUGUGUGUCAAUUGUAUACAUUCCGUAUAUGAGCAAAAUCAAGCUGGUCUUUCACCUCCAUACAUCCUUCACUAAGCAUAAUCACCUCCAGUUCCAUCCAUCUUGUCCCAAAGGAGAUAGUAUCAUUUUGUUCAAUUGCAGAGUAGUCUUCCAUUAAAUAUAUAGCCCAUACUUUGUAUUUUAUUAUUUGUGAUUGAUAGAAGGUGACAAGAUUGUAAGAUUACAGGGUAUAGUCUCACACCACACCCACCACUAAAGUUCUGUGUCCCCACCAUCCUACUUCCCAAAGACAACCACCAGAGUUCUCACAAGUCUCAGAAACAGUUUGCUUGCUUCUGUUUUAUUUUGCAAGUUCAUGUGUACCAGUUCUCUAGUGCCCACAAAUGAGUGAAACUAUCUGGUAGUUGUCUUCAUCUCUUUACUUAUUUCACUAAGUAUAAUCACUUUCAGUUCCAUCCAUUUUGUCCCAAAGGACACUAUAUCAUCUCUUUUGAUUGCAGAGAAGUAUUCCAUGGAGUAUAUAUCCCAUAACUUCUUUAUCUAGUCAUCUGUCGAUGAACAUUCAGGCUGCUUCCACUCUUUGGCUAUUGUGAAUAACGCAGCUAUGAACAUAGAGGUGCAUAUGUUCCUUCGAACUAGUGUCUGGGUGUCCUUUGAAUAAAUGCCUUGUGGUAUUGCGGAUCGUAAGGUAUUUCCAUGUGUGUCUGUUUAAGGCCUCUUUGUACUGUUUUUCCAUAAGGUCUAUACCAGUUUACACUCCCAUCAACAGACAAUGCUCAUAAUAUUUUUAAAAGAAUCUAUUUUCUAGACACGUUAAGAGGGUGGAUGUCAUGUUCAGUAUUCAUAUUCAGUAAAAUUAAAAAAAAAUAAAGAGGGGGGCUGGGUGGUAGCACAGCGAGUUAAGUGCAAAUGGUGUGAAGUGCAAGGAUCGGCAUAAGGAUCCCAGUUCAAGCCCCCAGCUCCCCACCUGCAAGGGGGGUUGCUUCACAAUCAGUGAAGCAGGUCUUCAGGUGUCUAUCUUUCUCUCCCCUUCUCUGUCUUUCCCUCCUCUCUCCAUUUCUCUCUGUCCUAUCCAACAACAAUAAUAACAGCAACAAUGAUAAACAACAAGGGCAACAAAAAGGGGGGAAAUAGCCUCCAGGAACAGUGGAUUCUAGUGCAGGCACCGAGCCCUAGCAAUAACCCUCAAGGAAAAAUAAAUAAAUAAAUAAUCUCUCGGACUACUCUGGGGGAGAUCCCUGUGGGGAUAGCUAGUGACUAUGUCACAAGUACACUCAAGUGUCCUGUAAAUAAAAGCUGUGUGGCCAGAAACUGAGGCCUCUUUCCAUAACCAUGUGACGACACCAUCUUAGUUACAAGCCCUCCAACCCCAAUCCAGCCUUUAGAUGGCUGCAGCCCCAGCCAGCCAACACUUUCAUGUUGGAAGUUUGAGAGACCUCGAAACAAAUCUACCCAUCUUAGUUGCUUCUAACACUUUGACCUCCAUGUGAAAUAAGAUGGGUGGACAGCUUUACCUCACCAAGAAAGGACUAUCAUGAUCCCGAGAGAUGGCUGAGUGGUGGAGAACACACCUAGCUUUUAUGAAAGAUUCAUUCCUUGGUGUUAUAUAAAAUGGCAGAACAGUAUUCUGGCUUCUCUCAUCCAAUAAUUAAAAAAAAAAAAAGUACUGGGCCAGGGAUAUAGCAGUAUAACACAGACUUUGCAUGUUUGAAACCAUGAGUUUGAUCCCCAGUACCAAAAAUUAUAUAGGCAUAUUUCCUUUCCAGUUCUUCAGGCCCAGCACAGUAACGCUGGAUCAAGAGGUUGCUUUGUUGAGCAGAGAGGUGAAAUGGAAGGAGUGAGAGACGGCUUUCAGACAUCAGUGUAGGCAAAUCUGAAGAGUAAGACACUAGAGGAUAGUCACCAGCAUCCCCGUGGGCACGUUUGACCCACAAGUCUGCUCUAGCCCAUGAAGGGCCAAGUGCUCAAUAGUGGGGGCAAACUCAUAAGACUCUCCUAGAGAACAGUCUGUGGUGAACGGGAAGGUGGCUUUCUGUGGGUGAUAUACCUUCAUUGCAUCCCCAGCUCUUGCAUGCAAGGUCUACCACCGGCCCCCCUCCACCAAAUCUCCUGUCCCAUGUUGUGGGACUAUGUGAAAGCUUGGUAGAGCUUACGAGCUUAGGGGAGCUCUCCCAUCCUUGGAUGGAGGUCUGGAAAGAUACCCCAAUUGUUAGCCUCUCUCCUUAUAGAGAUGAGCCAAGAGGGAAAAGUCUCCCAGACUCAGUUUCUCCUUGUUAGUCAAUCAAGCUCCCAGAAAACCUACAAGCCUCUCACACUUAGUUCCCUCUGCUAGCAGCAUGCCAAAUGGUUGCUUUCUUUAGGGUUCACUCAAAGUUCACACAUCCACUUCACCUUUUGAUCCUAAUGGAGAACACACUCUAUCAUACACCUUCCUAUACCAGGCAAUGAAACCCCCAACUUCUAUUUCCUUGUUCCAUUUGAUAUCUGUGAUUUACAUCAAUCUUUGUUUUUCUUCUUCUCUAACUCACCUGACUGGUUUAACCCCUAUGCUUCUCUCAAAUACCUUUGGAUAAUUAACUCGCCUGCAUCAUGAAGACUAAUUGUCUUGACCUUUAUGUAUCUCAUCAAUUCUUGUCAUACCAGCCCCUGACCAUAGGGGCAAGCUGACCUUUAAGAAACCUGCAAUUUCUGACAUAUGUGAAAAAUAUUCUUUGUUUAACUCAGUAUAAAGACCUGUACUCUUCUCCAAAUAAAUGAAUAUUUGUACCAGAA